AUGGCUGACAACAAAGAAGGCAUUGAGGAGGCGCCCCCAGCCACAGAUUUUAUCGUGGAUUGGGAUGGCGAUAAUGACCCGGAGAAUCCUCUGAACUGGCCGUCACGGCGUAAAGCGGCCAAUAUUGCCCUUCUUUCUUGCCUGACCUUCGUCAUGCCCCUUGCAAGCAGCAUGUUUGCCCCUGGUAUCCCCAGCGUCAUGGAAGACUUCAACAGCUCCAGUGUCAUCCUGGCCGCAUUCGUGGUCUCAGUCUAUCUUAUAGGCUAUGCGUUUGGACCUUUGGUCUGUGCACCGAUGUCGGAGAUCUAUGGACGAUGGCCUGUGUAUCAGGUCACAAACGUGCUAUUCAUCAUCUUCACCGUCGCAUGCGCCGUGGCGCCUUCAUUGGACAGCCUCAUCGGCUUCCGCUUCUUGGCCGGUGCCGCGGGCUCGGCUCCUUUGGUGCUGGGAGGAGGAAGCGUGGCGGAUAUGUACUCGCGCGAAGAACGUGGGUCGAAGAUGGCUGUCUUCUCGAUUGGUCCAUUGAUCGGCCCUGUUGCAGGUCCUGUGGCAGGUGCCUUCCUCUCUCAAGACGUUGGCUGGCGGUGGGUUUUCUGGGUGAUCACUAUUGCGGCCGGGAUCGUCACAAUCCUCUGCCUCCUCUUUAUGAAAGAAUCCUAUGCCCCAGUUCUCCUCGAGCGCAAGGCUGCAAAACUCCGCAAGUCGACGGGCAAUCUACAAUACCGUUCAAAGAUGUCGUCCGGAGAUGAUCCUCGCACAGCAUUGGUGAAAGCACUGAUCCGCCCGACCAAGAUGUUUCUCCUGUCCCCGAUCGUCUUCAUCUUUGUGAUCUACGUCUCCAUUAUCUACGGCUACCUGUACCUCCUCUUCACCACCAUCACAGAAAUCUACGAAGGGACGUAUGGCUUCAACACAGGUCUGGCCGGCCUCUCGUAUCUCGGCAUCGGCGUGGGCAUGUUCCUCGGUCUCGGCAUUUUUGGCGCAACGAGCGACAAACGCAUCCAAGCGAAGAAAGCCAAAGGUGAUGUAUCGCCGGAAAUCCGACUCGAAGGGCUGAUUCCCGCGGCAAUAUGCAUUCCAGUUGGCUUGUUCUGGUACGGUUGGUCGGCCGAGAAGCAGAUCCACUGGAUUAUGCCUAUCAUUGGCACGGGAUGGGUUGGAUUGGGCUUGAUUGGCAUUUUCUUGGCCGUGCAGACGUAUCUCGUUGAUUGUUAUCCCUUGUUCGCUGCAAGUGUUACUGCCGCAAACACAGUCGUGCGGUCACUUACUGGUGCUUUCCUCCCGCUCGCAGGACGGCCGUUGUACUCAAGUCUCGGUCUUGGAUGGGGUAACUCGGUACUAGGCUUCAUUGCCCUGGCGAUGGUGCCACUACCGUUUGUGUUUAUGAAAUUCGGUGCUCGGCUACGAACGCAUCCACGGUUCCAAGUCAACUUUUGA